AUGUUCUGAGCACUGUAGCUGCAGCUUUGUUCAUGAAGAUAUUUCUGUUUGUUUUCUUCAUUUUAGAAAACCCCAAGAAAGGAAGGAAAGGGAAAAGAGUCUCUGCUUUCUUUAAGAGAGCAUGGAAGGCUGCAAAGCUCCCUUUCCUGCAUUUUACGCCACAGCCUGAGCCAGAGUCAGAGCCAGACCUUGAGUCAGUAUGUCUGCCAGGCCAGGGUCCUGAGGAGGCUUCUGGGCUCACUCGUGGACUUGAUCUGACUCAGUUUGAAGUCGGAGACCUGAUUGGAGAAGGAGCUUUUGGCCAGGUGUAUGUGGCAUCUCACAAACGCAGUAAAAGAGUAAAGGUUGCCCUGAAGUGCAUGGUGAAGAGUCAACAGGACCGUUAUCUGGACGUUGUAAGUUGAUUAAUUCACACAACAGUGAAAAUGUGCUGAGCGUUUACUCAUCCUUCACUUCUCCCGUACCUGUCUGGACCACUUUAAACUGAACUCAAAAGCAGAUAUGUUGGAAACAGGUAGCCACUGACCUCUAUUGUAGAAAAAGAAAAUACUUUUGAGGUCAAUGCUUACUGGUUUUCAACUUUCUUCAAAAUAUCUUCUUUUGUGUUCAGCAGAAGAAAUAAACCCAGAGACAAGUUAUGAACACAUGAAUGUCGGGCUGUGGAAUUAAUUAAAAUUCAUUUAACAUUAAUGGAGGUUUUCCCAGAGAUGGGUUGCGGCUGGAAGUGCAUCCGCUGCGUAAAAACUUGCUGGAUAAGUUGGCGGUUCAUUCCACUGUGGCGACCCUGGAUUAAUAAAGGGACUAAGCUGACAAGAAAAUGAAUGAAUGAAUUAUUGGAGGUUAAAAUGAUCAUUGAUUCAUAUCCCGGCCCCUUGUAAAGCAGUCUGCAUUCAUUUCUACACAAAGCUGGUAAUCAGGAAAAUCAAGUAGCAGGACUUUUGCAGCAUGGGAUGUGCUUGAUUUAUUCGAGUGUAUACGAGUCAUUCAGAAGUGCUAAAGAGCUCUUGUGCUGUUGUGUGCAUGUGCUCAGCCUCAGAGACGGACAGAACACACACAUGUAGAGUCCUCUUUUAGCUUAAACUGCAUGACUGAAUGCUCAAAUGCAAGCAAAAAUGUGUCACAUAGAGAAGUUUGUGUUACUGUACUUUGUGCCAUUCUGCUUUGGUAAUGUCUUUGAAAUCUGUUUUCUUUCUAGGAUGGUCAUUCCACACCUGUGCUUGCAGAAGUGGCAAUGAUGCUUAGGUUGAUGAAAGCUCCGCGAAGUCCAAACAUCAUCAGAUUACACAACUGGCUUGAGAUUGAGGACAACUGUGUUCUCAUUCUGGAGUACGCAGAGUCAUGCCAGACCUUGCUUCAGUACAUCAAAGACACAGCGGACAUUGAGGAAAACCAAGCACGCCAGUUAAUGCGUCAGUUGAUCCGAGCUAUAAUGUUCUGCACUGAGCGUGGAGUUUUCCAUGGGGAUAUACACACAGCGAACAUCCUGGUGACUCUACCCCGACUAGAGCUCAAAUUGAUCGACUUUGGAUGUGCUCAGCCAAUUACCCAAAAGCCUUUCAAUAAAAGUGACUAUCGAGGAGCUGGACAUGGCAUGCCACCUGAGGCUUUGAGAUGUCGUGUAUUCCAUGCUAACCCGGCAUACGUCUGGACAAUAGGCAUUAUGCUGUAUGAAAUAAUGCAUGGACGACUGGCCUUCAAUAACAGACAGUCAAUAAUGUUUGGCGCAAUUCAGAUACACCCCAGGUUAUCCACAGCAUGCGUGGACCUGAUUUCCCAGUGUUUGAUCCGUAAUCCAGCUAAACGGCUACAGUUACACCAGGUAGAAGAGCACUGCUGGUUCAAUCCAACGACCCCAAAUCCUGUGAAGCAGUUAUACAAGAGGAGAAAAAACUAAAGAAGUGAGGAGGAGAGCACCAUUUCCAGACAUUCACAAGACUGUUAAAGUUAUUAAUUACUCCCUCAUGUCAUUCCAAACCCCUAAGACCUCACUUUUCUUCAGUGUCAGUUCAUGACGUGUGUUGAAGAGAGCUCUGUCCUGCGCUGUAUGUGUGUCGCACUGCUGACAUUUACCUCAGAUGUGCCCACGCUUUGUUUAAAUGAGAGGAAGUCGCGCAGGCCUCUGGGUUAAACAUCAGCAGUGUGACACACAUACAGUGCAGUACAGAACUUCUGAAGUCGUAUUUCUGUUUUAUUGUUUUUGUGUUUUUCUUUCUGCAUGAAAGAAGUUUCACUUAAAAAUGACAGCUGUUGCUCCAAACCCCUGACACCUUUCUUCAUCUUCAGAAAACUAGUGAAAAUAUUUGAGAUGAACCGCGAGAACUCUCUGAUCCUCCAUAAACCACAAGAAUGAAGAAAUGUUUAAAUCCCAGAAAACUUCAUCAAACCAUGAGAGCUCUGUCCUGCGCUGUAUGUGUGUCGCACUGCUGAUGUUUACCUCGGAUGUGCCCACGCUUUGUUUAAAUGAGAGGAAGUCGCGCAGGCCUCUGGGUUAAACGUCAGCAGUGCGACACACAUACAGUGCACUGUGCUCUUAUGAACGUGCGGUUUUAGGGUCAGAGAGCUCUCAGAUUUCAUUUAAAAUGUUUUUAUUUGUGUUUUCAAUAUGAAGUAAACAUGAAUUUGAACUAAGGACAUGAGGCGAGUAAUUAAUGACAAUAAUGGUAAUUAAUGGUGCCUGGACUGCAGCUCUGCACAAGAUGUUUGGCCAGAGGAGAAAUGGUCG